GAGAGAGGAGUUGGUGCCGCACCCUCCAUACAGAGACGCUGGGGGUUAGUUAACCAAGCCAGGUAAAAAAAAACUACAACAGACGCCCGUCAUUCGAAACUCGACAGAAGGGACUUUUGUGUUUCCUAUUUACGGAGACCAUCUGCUUUGCUUUUUUUGGUCAAAGUUUGGGGGCCCCUGGCAUGCUCGAAGAAAAAGGAUAUGCCGCUUCAUAAGAGAAGACGACUUUGAAAGAUUACAGCCCUAAUUCCUGAUGCUUUAGACUGGACCCGCUGUCUGUCAAUCAAGCAAGCCUCAAUGCCUCCGCCCACUCCUCACAGAGCAUCUUCGUGACGUCAUCACUUGGCCCAACCCCCCAUUUCCUCAAUCUUCCCCUGUCCAACCAAAAGGUCCCAUUACCUUGUUUUAACCCCAUCCCUUUUUUUAAAAACUUUUCCCUCACCCCUCCCUAAAUGUUCACCCCUUAUCCUUCCCAUUGUUUGAGACAAGCAUAGCAACAAAGGGAAACAUGUUCAAGUAAACUUGAGGUUGAAAUGACCAUAGCAGCUUUAUAAAGUAAGCAAAUAAGUAAAACAAAGACAAUCAACCAUUCCCAUUGCCUGUUUUAGCCCCACCCUCUUUAAAAAAGCUCCACCCUUCCCCCUUUUUUAGUUUACAUCACCCUAGCACCUAUUGGUUGAGGGAGUUGCAUAUCAACAAAGUAAAGUAAACAAACACAACCAAACAAAAAAAUAGCAAAAAUAUCGCCAUGGAUACGGACACGGACGACACGCCGGGCUGCUACUACAACAAGACGGUGAAGUUCUUCUACGACCACAGCGGCAAGAACAUCAGCACCUACUGGCGCAAGCGAGACUACGUGGUGGUGACGCUGGGCAUGGCCGUGUGCAUCAUGGUGAUCCUGGCCAACAUCCUGGUGAUGACGGCCAUCUUCAUCAACCGCCGCUUCCACUUCCCCAUCUACUACCUGCUGGGGAACCUGGCGGCCGCCGACCUCUUCGCCGGCACCUCCUACCUCUUCCUCAUGUUCCACACCGGGCCCUGGACCAUCAAGCUGUCCAAGUACCGCUGGUUCGUACGCCAGGGUCUAAUCGAUACCAGCCUCACGGCAUCUGUCAUCAACCUGUUGGCCAUUGCGGUGGAGCGCCACCAGACGAUAUUCACCAUGCAGCUCCACAGCACCAUGACCAACAAGCGGGUGGUGCUGCUCAUCCUGGGCAUCUGGGCGGUCGCCAUAGUGAUGGGACUGGUGCCCACCAUGGGCUGGCACUGCCUGUGCGACCUGGACGACUGCUCCACCAUGGCACCCAUGUACAGCCGCAAGUACCUGAUCUUCUGGGCGGUGCUGAACCUGCUGACCUUCUCCAUCAUGGUGGCCGUCUACACGCGCAUCUUCUGGUACGUGCGGCACAAGAGCCACCGCAUGUCGCAGCACACCACGCAGGCCAAGCACAAGGAGACCGUGGAGAACCUCAUGAAGACCGUGGUCAUGAUCUUAGGUGCGUUUGUGAUCUGCUGGACGCCGGGCCUGGUGGUGCUCCUGCUGGACGGCCUGGACUGCGUCAGCUGCCGCGUGCUGACCUACGAGAAGUACUUCCUGAUCCUGGCCGAGUGCAACUCGCUGGUCAACCCCAUCAUCUACUCCUACCGCGACAAGGACAUGCGCCGCACCUUCCGCAAGAUCCUCUGCUACCUGUGCCCCGCCCGCUGCCAGCACGCCGGGGACAAGGACGGCAGCGGCGCCCGCUUCAACACGCUGGAGCAGGAGGUACUGUCCGAGACCUGCACCACCCACCACCCGCACCACCACUCGUACGACUCCGCCGACGCCGCUGACGCGAACGACCACAAGAACGGGAUCGCGGACGGGGGCAAGGGCGGGGGUGGGAACGGCGUGCACUGAGAACGGGCCGUUAUUUCAGCUUUUCAUAUUCGUAAAAGUUUUGUUUUAUUUUUAUUUUUUUUAAAAGAGCGUACGGGAAUGGGGUGAAAAGGUGGGCCACUGGGAACCACCACUCCCCCCAACCCCCCCUUUUCAAGACGUGUUUUAUAUUUUUUGCACAAUAGCUUUUUUACCUUCUCAUGUUUUCAAAGGGACCCGAAUCAGGUUCUUAAAGCUCCCGCUUCAACACGAUGGAGCAGGAGGUACUGAGACCUCCACUACCCACAAUACCCAUCAUCAUCACUCGUACGACUCCGCCGAUGCUGAUGCGAACGACCACAAGAACGGGACGGAGGCGGGCGGGGGUGGGAAGGGCCUACGCUGAGAACCACCACUAUUUCAACCCAUCGUCUACUUUUUAUAUUCUUAAAAGUUGCAAUUUUAUUGUAUUUUUCGUAAAGAGCGUACUGGAUUGGGGUGAAAAGAUGAGACACAGAGAACCACUAUUGUACCCCGCUUCUCACCCUCCCUUUCGAGACUUUUUUUUUUUUACGUAACUUUUCUCUCUCUUUUUUAUACGGAAUGGGUGGUGAUGGGGGUGGGACCCAAAUGAGUUCUUAAAACUCCAGACGUGUAUUUUGUUUUAGGUGGAAAAUGUUGCAUAUAUCGGUAAACCUCCUAAAACAUCUUCCUAAUUCAGAUUCUUAAAAGUCGCCAGGACAAGCCUAUUAAAAUAAUAACCACUGUGUUUUAGAAAAAAUGCAUAUUUUUUCAUUUUAUACAUUUUUUUUACACUUUUACACGUUUUUGUCCUCUGAACUGUCCACAUCAAGCGUUGAAAGUUUCAUAUCCGUCAGGUUUACAACUUUACCCAUGUAUCAUUUCUUUGUGAUUCACCCUCAAGACUGUCUGCAUGAUCUUUCAAGCAUUUUUUUUAAAGGUUUAUUUUUCUAUAAACUGUGGUAUGUGAACAUUUAGGAACCCCGCCACUUUUCACGUUUUUUAUACUUUUAAAACAUUUUUUACCAUUGCUACCCGCAGCAGAAGUAUCUCCGAAAGGACGCACAAGUUGUUUGAAAGUGGAAACAAACAAAGACAAAGACCGCUCCUCCCCAACUCUCUCAAAAAGGCUGAUGCCUUCCCCGUGGAUCCCCGUGCAAAAUGAAAU